CCAUGGCCGUGCCUUCUCUCUCAGCCCUUCUCCUCGUGGCUCUGUUUCAGCUUGCAGUACUACCUCUCGUUCACACAGGGGUAUACUACGGACACAAGCAGCACCAGCAGCACCCCCAGCAGCAACCCCAGCAGCACCAGCCUAUGCCACACCUGUCCCACAUGGGCAUGGGCAGCAAAGAGCAGCACCGUCAGCAGCAGUGGCCAGGAAAGGAGAUGCCCCACAUGCAGUACCCCCAUUACAGAAAAGAGAUCCCCCAGAUGCCCAUGCACAUGGGCAAGGAGUACCCCCGCAAAGGUGUGGUAGUCAACAGUGGACAGGACAAAGGUCAGACAAUCCCCAGUGGGGCUGUGGGAGGUCUCCCUGGAGGCCUGCCAGGAGAGCAGGGCCCAGCUGGGCCUGCAGGACCUGAGGGACCCUCUGGGCCACCAGGUCCUCCUGGGGUAGGACAGCCAGGAGGUGAAGGAAAACCAGGCCCCGCUGGUCCYCCAGGAUUCCCUGGUGUAGGCAAACCAGGACUCCCGGGAAUUCCAGGCAAGCCAGGGGGCAUGGGAGACCCAGGUGUACCUGGAGAGCUGGGCCCCAGCGGUGGAGACGGUCAUAUGGGGCAGCCAGGGCCUUCGGGCCCCCCUGGUCCUCCAGGUCUCCCGGGGAUAGGAAAACCAGGGGUUGGGGGGUUGCCAGGACAACCAGGACCCAAGGGGGAACCAGGACAUAAGGGCCUGCCGGGACUACCAGGAUUACCAGGACCCAAGGGUGACAAGGGAAUUGGACAGCCAGGACAGCCAGGCCACAAAGGGCCAGCAGGACCCCCUGGACCUCCAGGCCAGGGAGGGAUGCCCGRUGUGGGCAAGCCUGGAAUGAAUGGUAUAUUGGGGCCACCAGGAGGACCAGGGAAACCAGGCCCUCCUGGAGAGCAGGGACUGGCUGGACCAGCAGGAGAGGGGGGCGAGACCGGUCCACCAGGGCUGCCAGGCCAAGGGAAACCAGGCCAGAAUGGUCUGCCUGGACAACCAGGCAUGCCCGGUGGGAAAGGGCACCCAGGCCCUCCAGGUUUGCCGGGGAAGCCUGGAUUGCCCGGAUUUGGAAAACCAGGAUUCCCAGGACCCAAGGGAGAUAAAGGGAUGGGUGGGAUGCCCGGAGGCCCAGGACCAAAGGGAGACAAAGGCCAUGGAGGACUUCCAGGUGUGAUUGGACCACCUGGACCAAUCGGACCAGCUGGUCCCCUUAGCCCUAUGGGACCCCCUGGAGGUCUUGGCCAACCAGGGCCAAAAGGAGAGGCUGGAGAGGGAGGGCAAAAGGGGCUGCCAGGUGGCCAGGGUGAGCCUGGUCCUCCUGGACUGCAUGGUCAGAAUGGCUUCCCUGGAGAGGGAGGAGAGCCAGGGCCAAGGGGUCCCGCUGGGCCUGUAGGACCCCAAGGGGAAGGCGGACACAAAGGGUUACCAGGCGCCCCUGGCGUUCCAGGCCUAUCUGGGCCAAAGGGAGAGGGAGGACUUCCAGGAGAGAAGGGUCCCCAAGGCCCUAAGGGCGUUCCAGGUCUGGGAGGUGCAGGUGGGCCGAUCGGACCUCCUGGUGCCCCUGGGUCUAAAGGUGACAGCGGAUUACCUGGUCUUCCCGGCGUUGAGGGUAACGGAAACCCAGGUGUUCCUGGUCCUCUUGGACCUCCAGGUAAAGAAGGUCCUGGAGGACCACCAGGAAAUCCAGGCCAGCCAGGUCUACCUGGUCCCCCAGGCCCACCCGGACCCCCUGCCCUCUCCCCUAACAUGGGAGCAGUCCUCCCUGAGAUGGGUAUUCCUCCUGGGCUGGACGGAGUCAAGACCGCCGGCUAUGGCAAGAAGGGGAAAUAUGGAGGAAACAGUGGAGAGGUGAUGGGCGCCAAUGGCCUGGAGAUGCCCGCGUUCACGGCUCUGGUGACCAUACCCUUCCCACCAGUGGGAACGCCUGUGGUGUUCGACAAGAUCCUGUACAACGGCCGUCAGAACUACAACCCCCAGACAGGCGUGUUUACCUGCGACAUGCCCGGGAUCUACUACUUUGCCUACCACGUCCACUGCAAAGGGGCCAACGUGUGGGUGGCGCUGAUGAGGAACGAUGAGCCUGUGAUGUACACGUAUGACGAGUAUAAGAAGGGAUUCCUGGAUCAGGCGUCGGGGAGCGCAGUGUUACCUCUACAGCCCGGGGACACCGUGUACCUCCAGCUACCCUCGGACCAGGCCGCAGGACUAUACGCUGGCCAAUACGUCCACUCAUCCUUCUCUGGGUACUUGUUGUACCCUAUGUAACAACAACUAUAGAGAGGAAGAGACAGUGACAGAGGGAGAAAAUGUUGGAGAAAUUUGAGCAUUGAUUAUAGAAGUCUUUAAAUGUAUAUGUUUUUUUUUAAACAUCAACUAUCUGUUGAGAUUGAUGCUGUUGAGAUCGACAGCGAUGGGAGGACGCGUCGGACCGUCCCUGGGAAAAUCUGAGAGAGGAGUGUGUAUGUGUGUGAGUGAAUGUACAUAUAUGCAGUUUUUAUAACCAUUUAUGUUGUGGUACAAAGAUUUCUGUAUCUAUCUACCGCUCUUAAGAGUGUUACAACGUUACAACACUGCAUUAAAAGAUGCCAUUACAUCAACAGGGUUCACAUAUUGUGAAAUGUAGUCAUAUGUACAGUUGAAGUCGGAAGUUUACAUACACCUUAGCCAAAUACAUUUAAACUCAGCUUUUCCCAAUUC